AUUGAACCUGAUCAAAUUUACACCUUAACAUCAGACAAUGGGGCUAAUAUGUUAAAAGCUGUGAGCUUGAUUGAAAAAGACAUUUCAGAAUUACAAGAGUUAGAUAAUGAAUUAGCUGAAACAUGUAUAGAAAAUAAUUUUGAUCUUGAUGAAGAUCGAAUCAUUGAGUUGCUUAUUGAAAGUACAGAGGAAAAUACCUAUUGCCUAGAUAAUGAUUAUGAACAAACUGAAAAUAUAUUAAAUGAAAUUCAAUCAUUUCAAAACAUUGGAGGCAACAUUUUAAUAUUUACAGGUGUACGAUGUGUGGCUCAUACGUUACAGUUGGCUGUGUUAGACAGUUUGAAAGAUAAUGGAAUUGAAAAAUUAUUAAAUAAAGUUCGGUCAUUGAUUAAAAAACUUCGAAACCAAACAUAUAUAUAUAUAUACAAAAAAAGAAAAAUUAAAGUAUCCCAUACUUGACUGUCUAACUCGUUGGCAUUCAACGUUAGAUAUGUUGGAAAGAGUCAAAUAUCUUAAACCCUUUAUAGAGAAUAUGGCAGCAAAUGAUUCAUCAUUUACAAAAGUAUGUUUAAAUAAUUCAGAUUGGAAUCAAAUUGAAGUUAUUUCAAAAGCUUUGUUACCAUUAAAAAUAUGUACCAAAAAGUUCCAAAAUGAGCAGUUUACAUUAUCCGAU